UCACUGCCCGACAGUGCCGUGGGCCUCUGGCUCCAGCAAGAAAAGAUGGUGAGAAGGGUGUGCCACAGGGUAACCACAGAAAAAGGAGGAGACUGUGUUGGAGAAAACAAUAACAAAAAAUCAAUAUCAGUUUUAAGUUGAUUGCAGUUAAGUCGUUAAUAAAAACAUGUUUAAGCUUUUAAGGGCCACUUGACAUUAACAAACUACUGUACGUAAGAUCCUGAAUAAGUAUGAACGUGAUAAAAUGUUCUUUUCAAGACGAACGUGCCUUCAAGUCGUUGUACUAUUCUAAGCUAUUAGCUUUGUGGUCCAUGUUAAUUAAUGCUUCAAACACCAUGCAUAAAUUAUUAUCCUUAUUAUGUUAUUCUUUGCAGGAAGUGGUCAGAAAUUCCAGGUGACAACCUACAGAACGAAGACUCGUGGAAGCGAAACGUGAUUUAAAGAUUUAAAAUGAUUUAAAAUGGAAGGAACAGGUCGGGUAAUGGACGUCGUACAUCCAGCUUAGCUUAAAGCUAAUUCUAGACAAAGAAAUAGAAGCUUCUCACAGGCUUCCAUUCUGGAGAAAAUUAUAGAGUUAGUGUGCGAAGCAAUCGUGUUUGGAAUUAGUUUCAGUUUCGAACGAAAGGUGGAGGAGGUCGCGCACAUGCGUGACACGCGUGAUAAAAUCCGCCACGCAUUGAGCUAUUCGCGCUUUGUGAGCAGCGAUCCUAGUAAAAACGCGAAUGCUUUGCAGUCUGCCCAUUGCUACGGUCCUGUAGUCUUAAAUAGUCGUUUGGCAACUCCGGCAGUGUCAGUGCUAUUUCACCAGCCUUUUCUAAUUCCAUGGUUUUAAGGGGUCUAUCUGCAAGCGAAGUCUCUCAAAUGUGAGGAUGGGAUGAGGAGACGGAAUGGAAGAAAGGAAAGUUUAGAAAUGAAACCCUCCCCCCUUCAUUGCUACCAAUAACUUGCUCGUGGCCUACAAAUUCAGAGAGAGAGACGGACCUCUCCACCCCCAGGUGACGCCGCUGCGGCUCCCAGCGCCAAGGGUCAGCGAACAGGCAAAUGGUGGACGAGUCAGUCGAUGCUAAAUCUCAGACUCUACUUACUGCUGUUUACUUAACUCUUCGGUACUGCUACCCUAUUAUUCUAGACACUUUUUUUGUUUAUUUCGGACAACUCGUACUCUUCUUCUUGUUCUUCUUGUUCUUCUUAUUAUCCUUAAUCAUAAUCAUCAUUAUUGUCAGUAUUACUUUUGUCAGGGGCCCGCUCCUGGUAAUCUGUUGUAAAAAAUACGUUCAGUACAAAUGAAGCUGUUGUUGUUGUUAUCAGUGAAAAAAAAAAAAACUCACCUUGUCCCACCCAUCAAUUUUUCCCUAAAACAGGUCUGCCUAGGCACAAACCUCUGCAUCGCUUCUCCUUCUGAGGUGACAACAAUCAGGAAUUUAAAUGGUCUGCAAGACAUCAUUAGCGCUAUGAAUUGCACGUGCGCGCCACGUGAAAGAGGCUGCAGGCGUUUGUCCGCUGAACAUGUGCACUUCAGAGGGACUAAGUACGAAACAAGAAUUGAUGUUGGUCAGUGCAUU